AUGAGUUUUGGUGUAGGAAUCGGGGACGUUGUCCUCGUCUCGGGUCUAGCCUGGAAGUUGUUCAAAGCCUACAAGGAUGCAAGCGAAGACUUCAAGCAGGUGUCGACCGACCUCAUGUCGUUGCACGCCGUGUUGAGAGAGACGGAGGACUACCUCCAGGAGCAUACCGACCUCGACACGUCGCGUAUCAACCGCCUGCACAUGCUGUGUGACGCGUGCAAACCCAUUCUGGACGAAUUAGAAUCGCUCAUCACAAGGUAUGACAGCCUCGGCACCCAGGCACAGCGCACAUGGGACCGCAUGCGCUUCGGACUCCAGGAGCUGGCCGACCUUCGCUCGCGUCUCAUCUCAUCAACAACCAUGUUGAGCGCAUUCAACAUUGCGCUGAUCAACUCAUCAACCAUGAGGAUCGAGAAGCGCCUGAACAAGUUUAUGAUGGAAGUCCAAGCCGGACUACGUGAGGGAUCCGUCGUCACCGUCGAAGAUGUGGUCGAGACGCUCGACUCGCCGCAGACCUGGAGUGAGCUCCGCAGAGAACUCGAAGACGUAGGGAUCAGCGCGAUGGUGGUCGAGGAGAACCGCGACUACAUCGUGAAAUGGAUGAAGGAAGCCCUUGCUGACGGCUUACUCGACGAGUCCGUGCCUGACACUGAAUCACCAAACCGCAAACCAUCCGUCUCGAGCCGGUCCAUCACGAGCAAUAGCAGCAGCAGCCAGACGCUGUUUGGGCCGUUCAGCCCGGCUACGGAUUCGGGGUACGGAAGUAACGGCGGCAGUCGCAGGCCGAGCACGAUCACUCUGUGCGCCGCCAACGAGGACUUUGAGCAAAAGGUCCAGCUAAAGCGUACGAACAGCCUGCUGCCGACGCCAGAGGAUGGCGAGGCACCCAACUGGCCGCUCGUCAAGCCGAAGCGACGUAUGGCCGUAAGUCGGCUGCUGCAGAGAAUCGUGGUCAAAGACACUGCCAUUAUUGAGGCUGCCAGCGAUGGCAACCUGCAAAAGGUGGCCGACUUGAUCCAUGUGGGCAUGGAUGUCAACGCCAAAGAUCGAUGGGGCUGGACGGCCCUCAGUAUGGCGGCAUAUGGAGGGUUCCCUGCCAUCGCGAGACUUCUGCUCGAUAACGGUGCCAACCUCGACAACGUGGAUGUUGAUGGCGAUACGCCGAUUGACCUUGCCGCCAACAGAGGCCAUACUGACGUAGUUGUGCUGUUCGACGAAGAGAGGGCACUAAUGCAGCUCAAGACCCUUUCGUGA